CGUGACUUGCUUAUCGACUUUUUAUUUCCUGGUCAAAAAGUUGAAAAGAAAUUCAUUUAGUUAAUGUUCAUAUCGCAUUUGUAUCAAAUAUUAAUUUCUUUCUUUACAAAAACGUUAUGUUGUUGAUGCUGAUAAGUUCUAUAUUAUGAUAUAAGUAUAGUGUAUGAUAAAGGUUUAUUUUAAAAAUCUCUACCCGUUUUAAUUUAAUCCGUUAAAUGGUUCAACUUAAUGAGUCAUUACAAAUUGUCAAUUGCAUGAAUCUGUCUAUAUGAGCAAUCCAGAAGUUAAAGUCACAGAACCAACAGAAAGAACCACUCUAAUGAGUCGAUCUGUAGAGCAACCAAAUGGUGUACCAUCUGAUAAUGAUCCCAAUACAUUGCCUUCCUACCAGAGUGGUGGGGAAGUUCAGGUUGUAAGUCGAGCCUCAAGAAGGAAUAAUGCCAGCAGGUCUGCCAACCGAGGCGCACAUGGUCAAGAUGACGAGCAGUCUGAGUCUGAGGACGAUGAUGACACCUUGCUGUAUGGAGCAAAACACGUCAUCAUGCUGUUCGUUCCAGUCACACUGUGCAUGAUGGUCGUGGUGGCAACAAUUAGCUCGGUUACCUUUUAUUCAGAGCAGACAACGUACUUAAUUUACACCCCAUUCCAUGACAAAACAGAAGAUACUGGGACCAAACUUUGGCAGUCAUUUGCAAAUGCGUUCAUCCUGCUUGGUGUGGUAGCCUUCAUGACCAUUGUGCUACUGCUUCUGUAUAAAUACCGCUGCUAUAAGGUUAUUCAUGGCUGGUUGAUUGUGUCAUCUCUCAUGCUGCUGUUUCUGUUUUCUUAUAUAUAUCUUGGGGAAGUGUUAAAAGCGUACAACGUUCCGUUUGACUACCCGACUGUGAUCGUGAUUAUGUGGAACUUUGGAGUGGUUGGUAUGGUCUGUAUACACUGGAAGGGCCCACUCCUCCUGCAGCAGGCCUAUCUGAUCGUGAUCAGCGCCUUGAUGGCCCUCGUCUUCAUCAAGUAUCUACCCGACUGGACCACCUGGGUUGUGCUAGGCGUCAUGGUCGUGUGGGAUUUGGUCGCUGUUUUGUGUCCCAAGGGACCGCUUCGCAUACUGGUGGAAACUGCACAAGAGAGAAAUGAGCCAAUAUUCCCUGCACUCAUAUAUUCAUCGACCAUGAUGUGGCAGACUGUAACGAUGGCUGAUGUAGAUGACGCAGAUAAAAAUAAAAACAAAACUAAAGGAAGCCCACCAUCACGUCACACAGAAUCAACUGAUUCAGAGGAUGAGGGUGGGUUUACUUCCCAUGUUCCACAUAAUAGAGCCAGUGAGUUGCAGAGUGCUCCAGGAGAAUCAGCUACAGCAGACACUAGUGACACAGCAGCUAAUGUUGACAGCGUACAAGUUCAGGAAUCGACGGCCAAUCAAUCUACAAACAAAGAAGGUCAGCGGAAACGUCCUCGAACUGAGACUGAACAAUCCGAUUCACAUGAAGCCCGGACAGCUGUAGCAGCGUUAGGCAACUCAUCGAGCAGGAGCCAGACUCGUACAGCCGCACGGAGCCAGACUUCGGCACCCGGUCAAGAUGAAGAAGAAGAAGAAAGAGGUGUUAAACUUGGACUUGGAGAUUUUAUAUUUUAUGGAGUACUUGUGGGAAAGGCAUCCUCUUAUGGAGACUGGAAUACAACUCUGGCCUGCUUUGUUGCAAUCUUGAUAGGUCUUUGCUUCACACUUCUCCUUUUGGCCAUGUUCCGGAAAGCUCUGCCAGCUCUGCCAAUAUCCAUUACAUUUGGACUCAUAUUUAACUUCGCCACCAGUGUUCUGGUCAGACCAUUCAUGGACAAGCUUACCAGUGAACAAGUCUAUAUUUAGCAGAGCAGUUCCUGACAUUAGAUGGCGAUAUGGCUUUGUGAGGUUACAGAGCAACACUGAUAAACAUUCCCCACUUUGAGACACCGAUGAUUCUCAGAAUAAUUUUUUCAGAACAAAAUGUUUUCUUUUGUUACGACUAAAAAUAUUUAUUCUAACAGAUUGUACAGCUAGUACAGGCAGAGAAGUGUUUAUAUUUAUUACCUCAGUACAGAGCCAGGCUGAUGGAAGUAGAUGCUUAAUACAUCAAAAGUCUAAUUUUAUAAAAUAUUCAGCUGGGUUGCUACAUCAGCAAAUUUACUAAAUUUUAUUAAAUAGACUACAAAAAUGCUCAUACACAUAUCAGCUUUUUUUUUUUUUUUUUUUUUUUUGUGUUGAACAGAUUUUUAAACAUUAUUCUCAAUUCUUUUGAUAAGCUUGUUAAAAAAGCGAAAUUAUCCCAUCAGCAGGAGAGAUGAUUCAUGGAUUGUAAAUAUAAAAAAAUGUGUUUAUGCACAACUAGUUUGCUUGUACGCAAUGAAUAAUUUGUUCUAUAGUCCGUCCCACAAGGGACUCCUUUUUUCAUACUAUGGAAUUUACUACAAGUUAUUUAUUUCUGAGCCGAUUGUUUUCUAAAUUGCACACAGAAAUAGUAUUUUUUUGUUAUUUCCAAAACACUUUUACUUUUCUUCUUACAUCAAACGAAACUGAAAUUAUUUUACAAAAAAAAAAAAGAAUGUAGGAAGAUGGGACGGACUAGUUUGUUUCUUGUUUUUUUUAAAAGGCAUUUCAAUUGGUGCACUAAAACAGAGUGUAUAUCUUAUUCAUAGUUCAUUAUUCAUAUUUCUACAAAAUUAUUUUAAAUUGUAUAAUUGUUGGACAGCGUUCACCAUUUGUUUUUACCAGUUGUUACAAUCAAGUUUCCCACAUGUAGUUACUUGUAUGAAAUCAGAAACUCUGUGGGUUUCUUCUUUAAAUAAUUAAUGUUAGUAAUUGUUUUGUUUAUUAUUAAUAUGUUGUAUACAAAACUGACUAAAUGUGCCAGAAAUAUAUUGGCAUCCCCAUGACUAACUCAGAGCAGUCAAGAUAAACAGUGUCAGUUAAGUUUCAUUUUCCUUAAAAGUGUCAAGACUAAUCAAAGGGAUAUGACACAUUAAUUCUCAUUGCAAUUAAACUACUGCUAAUAAGUUUCUGAAUUGUUUUAAAAUGAUUAAAUUUUUUGGUAAAACAAAACUAAUUAUUUAAUGUUUGUCCCAACUAAAUAGUAGCUGUUAGUCAUGUCAGCAGGUGUUACUUAACAAGUUGUAAUGGAAAUCCGUUAAUUUUUUACAGCAGUGGUCUAUUAAACCAUGUUUCAGCUGUGUCCAUGGUAAUGUUUGUUAAACCCUGUUUUAAUUGUAUCCCAUAGUGAUUUUUUUGUUAUUUUAAUUCCUAUUAUUUUGCUACCACUGUGGCAGUUGCCACAAAAUAGAGGCCCAUCAUACAUAAGGUUUUUUAACCUUGGUAAAGCAUGUACACAGUGAAAAGGUAAAGCUAAAUUGCAGAGCUAAAAUUUAUCCUGGGUUAUUUGGCCAUACCAGACUACUAUGUUUUUUUCUGUCUGUCUGUCUGUCUGUUGUUCAUCCGUCCCACAUAUAGUUUCCAGACAUUUUGUUUUUGCAAUGGCUUAAGAUAAUGAGCUAAAAUGUUGAGUGUAGCUUUAUCAUGUAGAGUUACAGAUCAAGUUUGAAUUUCAUGGACCCGUUUUUGACAGAGUUACGGCUCUUGAACUUGGAAAAUAUGUUGGGCAUGAUAAGGGACAUGUAUUACUUCAGCUGUAUUCUCAGAAUGCUUGUUUUAACUCGACACUUGUACCAGUGUCAGACUCCACUUUUACCCAAGUUAAUAUUUGGUUUGCUUGUACAUUGUAGAUGGAUCACACUGAUUAUAUUGUAGUGUUGUGGCGGUUGCUUUUUUAGCAUGUUUAAGUUGCAGACCUGAGUUUCACCCUAGACACUAAAUUUGGUUAAUCUACAAACCUGUAAUACAUCAGGAUAACGUUACAAGAAAGUGAAACGAGUUAAAACUGUGAAAUUCCCUCUAAAAAUAGACUAGCUCCAUAAGCAGUACUUCUCAGAGGUAUACGUGUAUGUUUAUAAAAUUUUAUUUCAUAUUUUUAAACACCAGAAUGAUCAAAAACAUUUGGAUGUACGAAAAUUAAUAAUCUAAACCAUAAAAUGUAAGUGAUGUCUGAUUUCAAUGAUAAAAAAAGGAUCUAACAGUGAAAAAUAUGGGUCUGUCACUUUAAAACUGCGAAAACCAAAAAUCAAAAUGAUAAAUUAAACAAAAAAAUACCAAUGAUAAAGGUCAAUAAAACAAAUAUAAAUUAUUUUCUUUUGUAGUUUUCUUCUCUUUCAGAAAUAAAGUUUUUGUUUAAUGACAGCACUAGAGUACAUUGAUUUGUUAAUAAUAGCUAUUAGAUGUAACUACAUUUUACCCUAACUAGUAAGGGAUCUUUUAUAUGAUUCAUCCCACAAACAGGAUAACACAUACCACAGCCUUUGAUAUAUCAGUCGUGGUGUUUAAUUGGUAAUACAUAAUUAAGCAGUUUUAAACUUCAGUGACAUCAUAGGCUAGAGACAUCUACGUUAUUUUAAUUUGUUAUAUAGAUGCAACAUAUAUUUUACCUGGGUUAAAACACCAAUGUAGACGUAAUGUAAUCUGGUUAUAAAGGUUAUCCGGUUAAAGAGGUCCGGUUCUGUACUGAUCAACGAAGGGACUGAAAACAUCUGGUUUUGAGGGAAUUCCAAUUUACAGAGGGUGUGGUUUUUGAGUGGCUUCACUGUAUAUAGGACAUUUUUGGUAUCAACAUCAAAAUGCUCUUUAUAUUCAAUUCUUUCAAACUAAAAGAAAUGUGCAUAUGACUUUGUGAGAUACAAAACAUUACCCAGUAUGAGAAUUGAAAAGCAGGUCACUUUGUAGGCCACUCGCAAUAAAUUUUACUAUAUUAAGAUUCCAUGACUGUAAGGCCAUCUCAAAUCGGAUGUAGAUAUAGGCAAGAAAUGAUACUAGAGUUACCAAGAAAGUGAAUCAUCUAGAAAAUAACAAUUCACAAAAUAAUUUUUUUAGCAAUA